GGAAAGCCGAAACCAAAAGCACGUCAAUACCUUUUGCCUCUGCUAGCGAGUUCGAAAUCUUAUGACAAGGUCGGUGUAGUCGGUUGGGAACUAGACACGUCGAGUUUGGGUUCAGAAUUGAAGACGAUGAAUAGCAGGAUAGCUGAGAUAGAACAAGUAGGACAUCAAAUGGGUAAUCAGGAUCAGCCACGACUGGCAGCGACACAACACCUCCAUGGAGAGCAGGAAGUCACGCAACUGGUUGAGAAAACUUUUCUCAAUGUGACUGGCGUUCUCCUCGACUGGAGUGAAUUUCCGAUCGUCAAGGUGAAGGACGUUAAAGGCAACAGUCAGGCUGCAAGACGGGAACUACAAGCUGGUGACAUUCUGAUAGUCGCUUGCGGUAUGCGCAUCACGAUGGUGGCGCAGAUGAAG